UUAUCUACCCUGGAAAAUGUUGUAACCACCCUCUUUACGCUAAGCUGAUCUCUCCUCUUCAUUGGUCACUCAUCAGUGGGGGUUUUGAUAGGCAUAUAGCCAGAGGCUGCUCCUUCUUUCUUUCUUUCUUUCUUGCAUGGCUAUUGGAAACCCACUCUUUCCAGAUUGCUGCUGUCAAGAUCACAACUGAUGGCUGAGCACGUGCUUGUGAUUGGCAGCGGAGGUAGAGAACAUGCUCUGGCUUGGAAACUGGCACAGUCUCCACAUGUGAAACAGGUUCUGGUCGCGCCUGGAAAUGCUGGUACAGCUAAGGAUGGGAAAAUCUCUAACUCAGUUAUCUCAGUCAGUGAUCACACUGCUCUUGCCAAAUACUGUAAAGACCAGAAGAUUGGACUUGUGGUGGUUGGUCCAGAAGUCCCUCUUGCUGCCGGAAUUGUUGAUGACUUGACAGCUGCUGGUGUUAGAUGUUUUGGUCCUACUGCAAAGGCAGCUCAACUGGAGUCCAGCAAGAGCUUUUCCAAAGCCUUUUUGGAUCGUCAUGACAUUCCAACUGCAAGAUGGAAAGCUUUCACUAAUGCAAAAGAAGCGUGUGCCUUUAUUACCAGUGCGGCUUUCCCUGCCCUAGUUGUAAAGGCAAGUGGUCUGGCGGCCGGAAAAGGUGUGAUUGUGGCCUCUAAUAAAGAAGAUGCUUGCAAAGCUGUCCAUGAAAUAAUGCAAGAUAAAACCUUUGGAACAGCCGGAGAAACAGUUGUUGUUGAGGAGCUUCUUGAUGGAGAAGAGGUUUCUUGUUUAUGCUUUACGGAUGGUGUCACUGUUGCCCCAAUGCCACCUGCCCAGGAUCACAAACGCUUAAUGGAUGGAGAUCAGGGCCCAAACACAGGCGGCAUGGGUGCAUAUUCCCCAGCACCUCAGCUGUCCAAGGAUCUUCUUCUGAAAAUCAGAAAUUCUAUUCUCCAGAAAACAGUUGAUGGUAUGAGAAAAGAGGGUAUUCCUUACAUUGGUGUCCUGUAUGCUGGAUUAAUGCUAACCAAAGAUGGACCUAAAGUCUUAGAGUUCAACUGUAGAUUUGGUGACCCGGAAUGUCAAGUAAUUCUCCCACUACUUAAGAGUGACCUUUAUGAGGUUAUACAAGCAACGAUGGAUCGAAAAUUAUCUUGCCACAUGCCUGUUUGGUUAGAAGACUGGGCAGCUGUGACUGUAGUCAUGGCUAGUGAAGGCUAUCCAGGAAGCUAUCCUAAGGGUUUGGAAAUAACAGGAUUUCCUCGGGCCAAAGAGCUGGGUUUGCAGGUGUUCCAUGCAGGCACAGCCAUGAAAGAUGGCAAAGUGGUGACCAAUGGCGGCAGAGUCCUCACUGUGACAGCUAUCAAGAAGGACCUUGUCACUGCACUGGAAGAAGCCAACAAAGGAGUAGGAGUCAUCCAGUUCAAAGGGGCCAUUUAUAGAAAGGAUAUUGGUUAUCGGGCUAUAGCUUUCCUUAAAGAAUCCAGGGGCCUGACUUACAAAGACAGUGGUGUAGAUAUUGCAGCUGGUAACACGUUGGUUCAGAACAUUAAACCUUUAGCAGCGGCCACAUCUAGGCCAGGCUGUAAUGCUGACCUAGGAGGGUUUGCUGGCCUCUUUGACUUGAAAGCAGCUGGAUAUAAAGAUCCAAUUUUGGUAUCUGGAACUGAUGGUGUCGGAACGAAGCUCAAGAUUGCCCAACUAUGCAAUAAGCACGACACCAUUGGUCAAGACUUGGUUGCCAUGUGUGUCAAUGAUAUCCUAGCUCAGGGAGCUGAGCCCCUCUUUUUCCUGGACUAUUUUGCCUGUGGGAAACUUGAUGUCGGGACGGCUCAGACAGUCAUCGCUGGAAUAGCUGAAGCUUGUAAACUGGCAGGAUGUGCGCUCCUCGGAGGAGAAACGGCUGAAAUGCCUGGCAUGUACCCACCGGGAGAGUAUGACCUGGGGGGCUUUGCCGUUGGCGCUGUGGAACGAAACCAGAUGCUUCCCAAGCUGGACAGAAUUGUCGAGGGAGAUGCGAUUAUUGGAAUAGCUUCCUCUGGUGUUCACAGCAACGGGUUUAGCCUUGUGAGAAAGAUUGUCGAAAAGUCCUCUUUAGAUUUUUCCUCUCCUCCAGUGGGCCGCUCUGGUAACCAGACAUUAGGAGAACAACUGCUUACGCCCACUAAAAUCUAUAGCAAGAUUCUCCUGCCGGUUCUUCGUUCAGGCUACGUGAAGGCCUAUGCCCAUAUCACUGGAGGAGGACUGCUGGAGAACAUUCCACGUGUACUCCCAGCAUCCUUUGGGGUAGUUCUAGAUGCCCUAAGCUGGAAGAUACCCGACAUCUUUUCUUGGCUUCAGAAAGAGGGAAAUCUGUCAGAGGAAGAAAUGGCUCGAACAUUUAAUUGUGGGAUUGGUUCAGUCCUGGUUGUGCAGAAGGAGCUGGCUGGGCAGGUCCUGAAGGACAUCCAGAGGCAUGAAGAGGCCUGGCUGAUUGGAAAAGUUGUACGCCGUCAAGCAGGGUCUGCCCAUGUUGAAGUCAAUAACUUACUUCAGGCCUUGCAAGCAAAUAGGAUAGAGUCCUUCCACAGCCAACGAAGCAAAACCCAACCAAGCAAAACAAGGGUCGGCGUCCUCAUCUCUGGAACAGGUACAAAUCUGGAAGCUUUAAUAACCAGUACAAAAAAGCCAACUAGCUAUGCACAAAUAGUCCUUGUCAUUUCUAACAAAGCUGGUGUAGAAGGGCUAAGAAAAGCUGAAAGAGCUGGCAUUCCUACAAAAGUAAUUGACCACAAGCUGUACAGCAGCCGCACAGAGUUUGACAGCGCAGUUGAUAAAGUCCUUGAAGAGUUCUCAGUUGAGCUGGUCUGCCUUGCGGGAUUUAUGCGAAUCUUAUCUGGUCCUUUUGUCAGAAAGUGGGAUGGAAAAAUACUGAAUAUUCACCCAUCUUUGCUGCCUUCAUUUAAAGGAGCAAAUGCUCAUAGACUGGUACUGGAGGCUGGAGUCAGAGUCACUGGUUGUACUGUGCACUUUGUUGCUGAAGAAGUUGAUGCUGGAGCAAUCAUUUUUCAAGAGCCAGUCCCCGUGAAGAUUGGAGACACAGAGGAGACUUUAUGCGAAAGGGUGAAGGAGGCAGAGCACAGAGCCUUCCCUGCUGCUAUGCAGUUAGUUGCAAGCGGAGAAGUACAGCUAGGAGGAGAUGGGAAGUUACGCUGGAAUUCGGGAAAGCACAACUGAAAUGCAGGAGACAAGAAAACAGCAACAACUAUGAUGCAUAAUUUUUGCUUUAAUUCUGUAGCAUAGGGCAGCAAGAUGAGAAAGCCAAACAGAGCCAAAUUGGGAAGGGGAUGAAUUUGCCAUCUCAAAUAUUCAAAUACUUUUGCCAUAAUACAGGUUCUUAAAAUGGACCUCUGCAGACGCAGGUCCUCAUGGUAAACCAUUUGUAUGAUUAACGCCAGGGUUGCCCACAGCAUCGUGAAAGGUGCACUGAAAUAUCCAAAGCCCUUGUGGGCAACCAUUUCACUCAAACAGAUUGCUACCUAGUACAGUACAAACUAUGCCAUGCCUGCAUCAAGGGGCCAGCUACAUGGCAGUGCCCUUGUCUAAAUCAGGCGUCGCCUUCACAAACAGACUAUGCCUACUCCCAGGAAAAGUGAAUACACAGUAAAACUAUAUGUGGUCACAGCAUUAAUUAGGCAUUUUAACAUCCAUCCUUUUAACAUUUCUUUCUGAAUAGCAAGGUGAAUCAGAAUCAGGUUUUUUGGCCAUAGUGCUAAAAAUUGAAGUAUUUCAUAGCAAUUGGUGAGCACAAGAAAAUCAAAGAAAUACAUGGCAGUAACCAGGGCUGUAAUCAGCUAAUCACAUGUGGGAAAUUUAAUCCCCACCCCUUUCCUAAAUAUAUUAUACUGUGAAACAUAUUUUAAUUCUCUAUUAAAACUGGACCCAUGACAUCAUGGAGACAUGCAAUAACUUGUACUUCAGUAUGUUUGUAUCAUAGCUAGAAAGCACAGUGAGGAUGGAAUUCACCUAACUCGUGUUUGAAAGAAAAGAAGUAGGCACCUACAUAUUAAUGUGCCUUUUUAAAAAAAAUCAUCAUGAUGGUUCAUUAGAGAGAAUGCAAUAUUUCCACUGUGUUAUGAUUUUGCUAUAUACAAAACUAAUCAGUGUUCAAAUGCUAAGCUUCCAUAUAGCACAGUACUGUUACAUUCCUCUUAUCUGUAUUGUACCCAAAUGUUCAGUGGUAUCAAACCCCAUUCUAAUAAA